AUGGAUGCUGUUACAACCAAAGGAUCCAGACUGAUAUACUUUGAUCAAUGCAAUCUAUCUGUCAGUGGCUGCCAAAUCAACAACUUGAACUUCGAUAUCGCAAGAAGAGUGCCUACCUUUGAGGACCAUUGGCUGCUUCCCAAGAAAGCACUAGGGCCAAAGCUGCGAAUAGAAGCUGAUAUUGUCAAGGAGAAUUUACUUUCAAUCCAGCUGAACAGGCUCUACAGGAGGUUCUGGAGAUUUUACAUGCUGCUCGGUUUCAUUCUCACAGCAGCCAUAUAUCGACUGCUAAUCGAAAAUCUGAGGGCAGCUGUCAUUGUCAAGGUGAAUGCUGUGGACUACAUACUGAGUGCCAUACAAAACCAAGCUGAUAGUAUUGUCGCUUGUAUUUAUUACUACAAGGCGCUAAAAGACAUCAUUCGUAUUCUAAAAGGUGGGAGACAAUCAGACAAAAACAACGACAAUAGCAGCGAUAAUGAUAGUCGCCCACAUGGUAGCAAUCGCCCAGACAAUGGCAAUCAUCUAGGCAAUGGCAAUGACAGCGACGAUGGCGACAGCAACAACAAUAAAACCGGCAGCAGCAAUGAUGGAGUCCUCCAACAACGGCCCACUCAAGGCACCUCAUGUGUUCCUACCAGAGCCGAAUCAGUAGCAAAUGCUGGUCCUAUUACAACUCAUCCGCCACAAGCAGGACAAGAGCAAAAUAAACCUACUGAAGCUGGUGAUGGCACACGGUUCACUAGGCCAGCGUCAACGCCAUCGCCUUCUUCAAGUCCAUCAAGGAGAGGCUACGGGGAUCCUGCCACAAUUAAUCUCGUCGCUACCUUUAAUGCACAAACAAGAUUAAUUACUGAUACUCCAAGUCGUUCUGUUUCAACUAUCGCACCAACACUGAACACUGCCGCUGGUCCUCCAACAGCAUCAACUUCAGCAAGUAAUCCAGCACCAGAUAUUGCCAGCGAAACUACGUUUGUCGAUCAGCCCACAACCACAUCCUCGUCUGAUGCUGCCCUAGCGAAUCAAUCAGCAACCACUUAUUCAGUCGACAAUGCAAGCACAAGCUUUGAUAAAAUGUCUGGCUCUCAAUGCUCUGAGCCUCUGUCAGAGGUCCCACAAGAAGCGACAAGCGCCCCACAAGUGUCUACUGCUGCUCUUACUGUCCCUACUGUUUCUGAUUCUCCAGUGGCUUCUUCAACGCAUGCUGGGAGAGGAAGCUCUGGCGAGGAGAUAGCGAAAGGCUCAAAACCACCGAGAAGUCCAAAAGGUAAAGGGCGAGAGGUUCAAGUCUCAAAAACUCAAACUACAAAUCCCAAAAGCUCAAAGGCGUCUUCCUCAAAACCUACUACUGCUAUACCUGGACGUAUCACCAAGCCAUUUCCACCUCGCUCCCGUAGACCUCAAGAAGCCAAGGUAGUUUUCACAGGAACAAGCUCAACUCAACAAGGCGUUAUUCUUCCUCAACAUUCUGCUGCUCCUGUGGCUCGUCUCGCAACCGCUGUAUUUUUUUCAUGCCCUUUGGAAGAUAGAGAGUCUACACCAGAUUUUGUUGUGAGAAAAAAACGCACAAAAUCAGCUCCUGUAUCUCUUGCCAGUUCCACUCCAACUGCUCCAAAUGUUCAAGAAUUUGUUGAAGCUUCUACAUUGUGCGCACUCUCUCAACAUGCAGUAGAUGCCUCUCGCGGCGUACCAUCGUUAGGACAUCCCACGUUAAGCCUUAACAUUGAUACGCCAGUUGUAAUUAACUUUUAUCAGCGUAUUGUCCCAGAAAUGGCAGGUAGUAUCAGUGUGAUUCCACAAGAAGUAGCAGACGCUACAAAUGCUCAACGGCUACAAAAAGGCACCUCAGCACUCGGUGGUCAGCAUCCAGAACCUCAACAUCAAGUAUUGGCAGCUAGCAAUCAAUACAUUCAGCCAGAUGUACUAACUCCAGCCCCUCAUCGUCAUCAACAACAAUACAUGGCAUCGUCUAAUACUCAACACUCUCAGCACAAUCCUACUCAAUAUACUCACACUGCUUCUCCCGCAUUCCAUCACUACAACCAAGUGCAACAACAGUAUCCACUUGCCGCUAGUCAAUAUAUGCAACAUGCUACUGCACCACCAAAACAAACACCUGUUUUUGAACCUGAUGGUUUGGCGGAAAAGCUCACAACUGGUAUGAAUGACAUGCUUGGAAAUUUUAGAGAUGGUGGUGUCAGAAAUACACACGCAUCGGAUCCUUCUUAUUCCACAUUACCUCAGCAACGGCUUCUUGGGCAGCACCUUAACCAACAGCAGCUUCCUGACCGACAUCCUCAGCAGCUUGUAAAUGAAGAUAUUGCUAUGUGGAGUGAAUCACAAGAGAACUCCAAUCAAAGCAUGACGGAGGCCACUAGGCAUGACACAAUGGCUUAUUCCAUGGCUCCUUCGGCAGCAAGCACUGUGGCUCAUAACAUGAACGCUACUAUGAACGAUCCGAUGCCUGAAGAUGACGGUCAUCAUACGGCUACUGUGAAGGACGACAUCACAGUUGAUACCUAUCUCUAUCAUGCAACAAAUGAAAUGUUUCCACCCUUUUAUCGUUCAUACAAAACCGCAAAAGUUAUAGAAUACAGAAAAUAUCGCAAUCGCCUUAGACGAGCAUGGUUGCUUAGACCUAGGACUUGGAGACUACGAGUUCGCAGAAACAAGAGAAAACAUAGAAAGCGAAGAAGAUUGGCGUGCCUUGCUCGGCUUGCAUCUGCUUUGAUUCAAGAGGAACGAGCUGGUGACACUUUUGCUGUUACAGUGUUAGAUUCAGACAUGAUGCCGGAGGUUCCUUCAAAUGCCGAAACGUCUACUUAUGCUGAAGCAUCUGCUCAUAGUGAGACAUACAUUUAUGGAGAAGCGCCAAAUCAUCCUGAGAAUCCUAUUCAGGUCGAGGCACCCACUUUUGUUGAAACACCCACUCUAGCUGAAGCACUCAUUCAUUUGGAGGCGCCUCCUCGUUUCCAGGGACCUGCUCAUGAUGAACCACCAUUCUAUCUCCAGGAACCUGCUCAUUCGCAGACACGCACUCACGAUAAGCUAUCCGCUUCUGCUGUAACAUUUACCCCUGAGGCCCCUCCCAAUGUCCACUCUGAUCCUAUCCCAGUUGAAGAUUCUUUACUUCCUGGUGCCGAUGAUGACCUUGACCCGGCUGAUCUCUUUGAUACACUGACAAUGGCCAUACCACGGCCACCAACACCGCCACGACCACGACAGACCGAAGCGUCUUUUACUGCAACAAAUGAGCCGUCUGCUUCUCUAACACUUUUUGAUUCUGGCUCUGAUGAUGAUGUGUCUCCACUUCCUGCCAUUUUUAUGAGGCCCUUAGAUUCUUCCAUCGAAAAUUCAGAAUCAACCCUUGACCAGUUGCUUAAUGGUCUCCAACUUCAGCCAACGGCUCCAAAUCCAGCUAUGGCUCGCGCAGCUGCAACCUACAACUUUGAUGCGGACCCUCUUUUACCUGAAUCUCGUUCUGGUUCUGAUGAUUCUUUAGAGCAGCAGCCAUAUAACAAUCCGCUGGACGGCCAUGGAAGUGAUUUCAGUGAGAACUCUCAAAGUAACAAGUAUUCCAAUGAAUCGGUAGCAUCUGGUUUAACUGAUCAGCAUCAUACUGACAAUAACGUCAACGCUCCCUUGUUACUCCUCGCCAGUCGCUUUUCUCCUCCAUUUCAGUCUCCCUCUCCUUCACGAGAUCCCAGGCUACAAGAUCUCUCUGGAGAAAACAACAACAUUGUGAAUCCUGCACACGCUGUAUCCGAUGAGAUAGAUGACCUGGUCGCUUUCCCUCAACAAGUCUUUGCUGAUGAUGAAACUGUCAGUACACCACCGUUCUUUCCUUCUCCUUCCAGACCGUUGUCUCCAGACAUUGGCCACUCUAAACCUGUUCCUCCAGCCAAUAUAGAGACACAACUGCCAAAUUUCCUCAUUAAAGAUCUUUAUUCAUCUGUCAGUCCUCCUACGGGUGAAUCCUCCACUCAAAGCAGCUCAUAUUAUACUCCCAGUGUUCCUAUCAGAGGGGUGUUUGAUCUUCGUCUGCAUCUUCCUGAGGAUGCUUACAUUAGGAAGAGACGGUAUGUCGAGGAGGACGUUAUGGGAGACGCGAAAGACAAGAAAAAUGAAAAUGCUGAAAGACAAGUGGAAUUGGGCAAUUCCGAACAAAAGUUAAAGACAGUCGAAAGCGAAGAUAAUAGAAGCAAGAGGCAAAAAAAGAAAGACGUGCAGGAAUAG